AUGACGAGCUCACUUGAACUUACUCCCCUUACAAUGGGGCCAGGCAGACUAUUCCUUAACUCCCAGUUCUGUGCCACAGUCCGAACACCACCAAAGGACCUCUCCCUCUCCGGGAAGACGGCUAUCGUUUCUGGAGCCAACAUCGGGCUGGGCUUCACUGCCGCACGCCAGCUGCUCGAUCACAAUCUCUCACGCCUCAUCAUCGCCGUUCGAUCCGCUGAAAGAGGCGAGGCUGCCGCAAAGACCCUGAGAGAAAGCCAUCCCGACGCUACGGUCGAGGUCUGGUCUCUAGACAUGCUCUCAUACAAGUCCAUCCAGGACUUUGCCAACCGCUGUUCCACAUUGCCCCGGAUCGACUACGUCAUAUUGAAUGCCGGCAUGGUUCAGGAAGACUUUUGGCUCUCGCCGGCAGGCCAUGAGCAAGUCUUCCAGGUGAACUAUCUGUCGACUGCCCUCCUCGCCAUCCUUCUCUUGCCAGUCUUGAAGUCCAAGAAAGCUUCAGGCCAGCCAAGUAGAUUGACAAUCGUCAACUCGGGUACGGCCUUUAUGGCCAAGUUCCCGGAGCAGGACAAAGUUCCCAUGAUAGCCGCAUUUGACGACGAGAAGGCUUUCAAUGCCACGGAUCGGUAUUCGACGUCGAAGCUCUUGGGUCACCUCUUCAUCAUCAAGCUCGCCGAACACGUCCGAAGGGAAGACGUCGUCGUCAACCUCGUCGACCCGGGUCUCUGUAAAGGAUCAGGACUUCACCGCCACGUCGGCAGCCUCAUCAAGACGAUAGCGGAGGUGGGAAAGAGCUUGACGGGGAGAACUCUCGACGUCGGAGCGUCAACAUACCUUGAUGCGGCCGUCGUUCGAGGAGAAGAGACUCACGGAAGUUACUUGAUGGACUGGAAAAUCUUUCCCUUUGCCAACAUCAUCUAUACACCACAGGGCAAGACCGCCCGAGAGCAAUUGUGGGAGGAGACUUUACAGGAAUUGGACUUUGCCGGGGUGCGCUCGAUCCUUCGCUCCAUGCAGUAG